UUCUCUUAAUCAAACGGAUUAACAGCGUGAUUAAUAGACAUCAGAUCCGCACUUCAUUAAUUACAUUUUGGGAAUGCAUGGGGGGUAAAACGGUCAGUUAACCAUGUUGACGGAAACUGAGACUUUCGAAGAGCACUAAUCGCGCGGUUCGAGGGGAAGGGUAUGAGGGUAAAUUAAGGGUGAGUGUAGGGGGUGUUUAAGGGAGUAGAAAUCUUCCCGUCAAGUAAAGACGUGCUCUUCCAUCUCCGACGGUCGCGCUUCGAAUAAAACCAUGACUCGCUCCGCCUCGCUUUCUCGCCUUGUCGCCCCUUUUCGCCUCUAAUCCUCUCUCCCUCUCGCACCUUUGUGAGCCCUAAUUUUGAGUGCCAAGAAGGCCAGCGAUGGAGGCAGCGGAUCACUUCCACGGCGGCUUCUGCCGCGCUGGGAACACGCAUUGCAGCCCAGAGAAGAAGGCCGGCGGUGGCGGAGGAGGAGGAGCGGGGGACCCGUUCGUCGUGGAGGACCUGCUCGACUUCUCCAACGAGGAGGAGGAGGAGGAUAAGGCCGAGGUACUCGCCGGUGGCCGGGAGGACGACGGCGCGGCCGGCGGCAACUCCACGGACUCCUCCACCGUCACCUCCGUGGACAGCUGCAGCAACUCCCUCUUCGGCCUGGAGCCGUACUUCUCCGGCGACCUCUGCCAGCCGCUGUACGACGAGCUGGCCGAGCUCGAAUGGCUGUCCAACUUCGUUGAGGAGUCCUCCAGCGAAGACCUCCACAAGCUUCACCUCGUCUCCGGCGUCAUUCCCACCGCCUCUUCGUGCACCACGGGCGCCGCCAACCGAGCGGAGGUAUCGCAUGACGGUGGCCGCGCCGACCAGGUGGCUCACUUUCGCACCGAAGCACCCGUCCCCGGCAAGGCGCGGAGCAAGCGCUCCCGCAGCGCCCCCUGCAGCUGGUCCUCACGGCUGCUCGUGCUCUCCUCGUCCCCGGAAUCGGAGUUCGUCGGAUCCCCCUGCGGCGGUGGCGGCAAGAAGGCCGUGAAGAAGAAGGACCCGCCAGCGGACCCCGGCAUGGCGGUGACGGACGGGCGGAAGUGCCUCCACUGCCAGACCGACAAGACGCCGCAGUGGCGGACGGGGCCGAUGGGUCCCAAGACGCUGUGCAACGCCUGCGGGGUCCGCUACAAGUCCGGCCGCCUAGUGCCGGAGUACCGCCCCGCGGCCAGCCCCACCUUCGUGGUCUCCAAGCACUCCAACUCCCACCGCAAGGUGCUCGAGCUCCGCCGGCAGAAGAUACUCCGGCACCAGCUCCAUCAGUCCGCCGCUCCCUUCGACGGACCGUCCAAUUUCUUGAUCCCCGGCCCCAAGAUCCGACAUCUCAUCUAAUUCUGAGAGUUUUCAUAGGUGUUGUGUUAAUAUUUGGAGGAAUUUAGGCUCCUUUACGUGUCUCUUUCUCCAAGCAGCAGUUCAUAUUUGUGUUCUAAUUUCACUAAUCUGAACUCAGAAAUCGAUGUUAUAACUAAA